GCCGCCCCUUCGCGCAGCGCGCCGCGCGCCUGCGGCCUGCGGCUUUGCUGGCGCGUCUGCUCGCUCGGUCCGGCCUGCGCCUUGCUGCGGCCGCCCGUCACCUCCCGCCGUCGUCGCCCACUGCAGCCCUCUGCCCGUCGCCACUGGUUCGUACAAUCGUACGGCUGCCCUUCCCCUCUGCUCCAAUUGCAGUCAGCAGUAGUGAUUAAUUGGUUGUUGUUGUUGUGUGUUACCAGAAAGUUUUUUGGCUCUAAAUUUUUUGGCUAGUGAUUUGAAUUUUUUUGCUAGCUAGGGUCCGCCACGCCGCGGCCCUAGCAGCUCACGGCCCCCACCAUCUGGCAGGUAGCCGGUGGCGGAGCAGCAGCGCCUUCUCCUUUGACGGGCGGCACGCCCACACGGCAACAAGGCCCGCUCCUUUCCUUCGGCACCUUCGCUCCCCCAGCGCCCGCCGCUCUCCACGCGGUCGGCCCGUGCGCCGCCCUCCACGCUCACCUGCCCAGCUGCAGCUCGAGUCCUGCUGGUGCGGCGGCACCCUCCCUUCCCUUCCCACGACUUCUCUGUACUUUCUCUCGGCCUCGGUCUUCCUUUCCUAGCGGCGACGACAGGGCGAGUUGCGCUGCCCGUUGUUCGUCGAGCGACGGGCGCUUCGCCGGCGACGAACAUCCGACAGGGUUAUUGGGUGUACAUGUAUAACUGGGUCCGCCCCUGAUUACAGAGAUGAACGUGGCAGCGCCACCACCCCCACCACCACAUCUUCGCCUAUAUGAAUUCGCCAAGACCGCUCUCGUCAAAAUUUUUGCCUUUCCUUAUGCCACGGUCUGUGACUUGUAUUGCGAUGGUGGAGUUGAUACGGACAAGUGGUGUGAUGCCCAGGUUGGCCACUAUAUAGGAAUCGAUGCCUCUGCAUCGGGUGUCAGCGAUGCCCGUGAGCUAUGGGAGAACAAGAGGAAACCUUUCACUGCUGAGUUCAUUGAGUUGGAUCCUUCUGAUGAUGAUUUCGAAGCUCAAGUGCAGGAAAAGGGCAUCCAGGCAGAUAUUGUUUGUUGUAUGCAGCACUUGCAGUUAUGCUUUGAGAGUGAAGAACGGGCAAAGAAGCUUCUGAAUAAUGUAUCAUCACUUCUCAAACCUGGUGGCUACUUUUUCGGCAUGACUCCUGAUUCGUCAACGAUAUGGACAAAAUAUCAAAAGAAUGUUGAGGCUUCGCAUAAUAAAGGUCUGAAGGCUGUUCCAAAUAGCAUUCGCUCGGAGAAUUAUACCAUUACCUUUGAAGUUGAGGAAGAAAAGUUUCCCUUCUUUGGAAAGAAGUACCAACUAAAAUUUGCAAGUGAAGCAGUAUCUGAAAAUCACUGCCUGGUUCACUUUCCCAGCCUUAUGAGAUUAGCAAGGGAAGCUGGACUUGAAUACGUGGAGAUCCAGAAUUUAACCGAAUUUUAUGAUGAUAACAGAACACAAUUUGCUCCAAUGCUUGGUGGUUACAGUGCAAGCUUUUUGGAUGCUCGUGGAAAGCUUGUUACUCGUUCCUAUGACAUUUUAGGCUUGUAUUCAACUUUUGUAUUCCAGAAGCCUGACCCAGAUGCAAUACCACCUAUUGUAACACCCGACUUGCAUGAUACUGACAAUGCUCAGGAAGAGGAUUGGCUCCGGCGGCAGCAGGCAGCCGAUGACGGGAGGUGUCCGCAUGCGGAUGUGCUUCCCUUGGAUCAUGAGAAAGGCAUCCUGGGUCCUGGACCUGCAGAUAUGAGACUUUAGCUGCUGGUAAUUCAAAUCCGGCUUGAACUAGGAGUAAUGAUGCUUUUAUCGUUUUUUCCCUCCCACUUACGAAAAUCUCUGGUGCUUCCACUAAGAGUUCACGAAAAUAUAAAACAACGUUACUGAGGGUAGCCAAUCUUGGCAGAGACACGUUUUCUUUGUACGCUGGGUGUAUUUUCCUACUCGUACGGUUAAGCUGGUGGACAAAUACGGUUGAAUUGUACCCAGACAGAAGUGUAGAGUGGCCGCAAGCUGACUUGAAACUAAUCCAGUGCAA